AUGUCCUUUCUGUCAUUUAUCUACGUUCAGCGACGUGAAAGAAUUGAAAGAUGGCGGAGGGAAAAACGGUUGAAGUUAGACGUGGCCACAGCCCAUAGCAAAUUACUUGAUGGUAUCAAGAAGGAAGAGGAAGAUGAAAUUGAUCCUCUGGACGCCUAUAUGCAAGAAGUAAACAAGGAGGCCCAGCGUCUUGUUGAGCCAGCCGCUGCGACAACGACUGCCCCAGAAGCCGACUCCAUCGCCCCUAAACCAGAAUCAGAGCAGGCAUCUGUCGAUACAGGCGAGCCCUCGUCCAAUAACCCUCCUGCAAAGACAAGACAAAUUGGAAAGGGCGAACUCAUUGAGGCGGAGAACGACAUGCCUGAGUACUCAUCAGAGGAGGAAGAAGAGGACAUAAUCGCAACUGCCCUGGCCCAACUGCAGAAGAAGGAGAAACUGGGUGCGGUGGACCACAGUCGGAUCCACUAUCCACCCUUCCAGAAGAACUUUUAUGUUGAAGUGCCCGAAAUCGCUAAGAUGACCAAAGAUGCCGUGAAAAAGUACCGACUUGCGCUGGAGGGCCUGCGAGUUCGGGGCAAGGACUGUCCUAAACCGGUGAAAACCUGGGUGCAAGCCGGUGUGAGCUCGAGACUGUUCGCUUGUCUAAAGAAAUCUGGUUUUGAGAAGCCAACGCCCAUUCAGUGUCAGGCGCUGCCGGUGAUAAUGUCAGGUCGGGAUAUGAUUGGUAUCGCGAAGACGGGCAGCGGAAAGACCCUCGCCUUUCUGGUUCCUCUGAUGCGCCAUCUGGAACAUCAAACGCCCCUAGGACCUGGCGAUGGUCCAAUGGCUAUCCUUCUCACGCCCACACGUGAACUGGCUCUUCAGACCUAUAAAGAGGCGCGGCGGUUGGGUAACGCCUGUGGUUUCCGCAUCGCUUGCGUCUACGGCGGCACAGGCAUUAGCGAACAGAUUGCGGAACUG